GACCCGGUGCAUCCGGGUGGUGAAGACCGGAAGGCGAAGGACGGCUUAGGUGUAGAAGGCGUUGACAGAGGCAUGUGGAAUGUGCUCUACCUGUUCCUCAACCACAAGCAGUUCGAGGACAACUGUGCACGAUUCCCGAUUACGGUGGCCACCAUCAAGGAGGCUUUCCCAAGGCACUACUCUCACGCAUUUCUCUCGGCGUUGACACCCGGAUCUCACAUCGUCAAGCAUUUCGGCCCCUCCAACCGCAUGCUUCGAGUCUGGCUUCCACUUUGUGGCUUUGACGGUUUCCGGCUUCGCGUCGGGGACGUGAUCCUGAAACCCAAGGCAGGCGAAGCCUUUGUUUGGGACCAUUCCUUUGAGCACGAGGCCUGGCACGAAGGUCCGGAGACGCGUGCAGUCCUCAUUGUCGACAUUUGGCAUCCGGAUUUGACCGAUGCGGAGGUCAAGUUUCUCCGUACUCUGCAAAGCUGCCGCUUGCGGGCCGGAAAGGCAUUGGCGGAAUUGAGCGCGGAGGUGCCAAAAGGCCCAGAGGAAGCAUCCUAUUUCGAGAUCGUGGAGAAAGCCCGUUCAUUACUAACGACGGAUGACUGGUGGGUGGUGAAUGCUCAACGCGAUCCUUCCACUCUGCCGACGUGA